AUGACGAUGAUGUCUGAUCUCUCACAAGAUUUGAUCGAAGAGAUACUGUCUAGGGUUUCAAUAACAUCUCUACUAGCAGUGAGAUCCACUUGCAAAGUAUGGAACGUUUUAUCCAAAAACCGGAUUCUAUGUAGAGAAAAAGCAAGACACCAGUUUCUAGGGUUCUUGAUGAUGGAUGAUAGGCUUUUUUCAUGUAAUUUCAAUCUCCAUGGAAUCGGCCUCAACCAAGACGACAGUGAAGAGUUUGUUGAUCCACUAAUAAAACCAUUAGGUGAUUUACUUGACCGAGUCGAAAUAUGUAAAGUCUUUUCUUGCGAUGGUUUAUUGUUAUGUGUCACAAGGAACCACUCAAGGAGCCUUGUAGUUUGGAACCCGUACUUGGGACAAACUAGGUGGAUCCGAACUAGUAACGAUUACCACGUAGGCUCUACGUAUGCUCUCGGAUACGAUAAGAAUAAGAACCACAAGAUCUUGAAGUUUUUUCCUCAAAAAGGCUACUACGAAAUUUACGAUUUCAAGUCUAAUUCAUGGAGUUUUUCUUUUGUCGCUCCCAACAAGGGACUUAAAUGUUAUCAGCCGAGCGUGUCGAUAAAUGGGAAUGCUUAUUUUUUGACUGAUGCAAGAAAUGUAAUGGAAGGGUAUGAUUGCUUACUAUGUUUUGAUUUUACAACAAAGAAAUUUGGAGAGCUUCUUUCUUUGCCGUUUUCGCAUGAUUUUGAACAGACCGGGAGACUAUCUUGUGUUAAAGAAGAGAAACUCGCGGUAUUGUAUCAGCGAUACUACUACUCAUCUAAGAUAGAGAUUUGGGUGACAACUACGAUUGAGCCCAAUGCGGUGUCUUGGAGCAAAUUCUUAGCUGUUAAUAUGGAACCACUCCCUAGUCUUGAGUUUGACGAUUAUGCUAGCAGUUUCUUCAUCGAUGAAGAGAAGAAAGUCGCUGUGGUUUUUGAUUUAGAUCAAUCUGAACGCUGCAAGACCGCUUACAUCAUUGGAUAUAAUGGAUGCUUGAAAGAAGUGGAUCUUGAAAAUGUCCCCCAUGAACCUGUGAAGGUUCGAGGCUACAUCCAUUAUUUUCAGGCAUUAGUGUGCUCUUCUUGCUCUUAUGUUCCAAGUUUAGUGCAAAUUAAACAGAUUUCAGAACAUGAAAGGAAAGAUAAGAAGAGGAAGAGGAAGAGGAAAGAAACCAACAAGGUGUAA